GGCAGGGUACAAGUGUGCCAUGGAGAAGAAAAAGAAGCUGAGUGGUCCCCCUCUCCCGCACGUGACGGGAGCAAAGAAGCUGAGCAUUCCUGAAAAAGAAGGCUUGGCAGCGCGGCCUUCACAAAUUUACAGACGUAGGAUGUCAAGCCAUGAGGUUUCUGAUCCAGGAGAGGAUGAUUCUACCACAGAUUUUACAAAAAAAUUCUCUCCAGGAUUACAAAUAUGAUGGGACUACUGCAGCCUCAAAGUGUUUAGUCCUCUCAGAAGAUAUAUUGACAGCUGUCAAGGAUCAGGACUUUGAUCGCUACAAGUACAUAGUCCAAGUGUUUAUGGUGGAAAAGACUGGCCAGUCAAUUCAUAUUGCCAGCAGAUGGGUCUGGGAUGCUGCAAGAGAUAACUGGGUUUCAGCACUGCAUGAAACAGAGAACUAUGUUUCAGUGGCUUUGAUAAUUGCUGGUUAUUAUGAGUAACUUACUUGAAAACAAAUGUACUCUCAUAAAAGUACAUUCCUGUUAUUCUCAGAAAAAAUAUAGCUUAUUUGUUGAAACAGAAAAGUGACUUUUCCCCCUCACUCAUGCUGUUUGAAUCGUACUAAUUUGCCAGAGUUAUGACCUGAGUGGACCUGGUAUCUUGAUCUCAUCAGAUCUCAGACGCUAAGUAGGUUGACGGUCCUGGUUAGUACUUGGAUGGGAGACCACCAAGGAAUUCUAGGGCUGCUAAUCAGAGGAAAGCAAUGGUAAACUACCUCUGUUAGAUUCUUGGCUUGAAGAAUCUGCUGGGUUACCAUAUGUUGGCUGUGAAUUAUUGGAACUUCACACACACACAAUUUGCAAGAGGAUUUUACAGCGAGCGGAGCACUACUGGCAUCCCUUUGGGGAGCCUUUUAAGAUUGCAGUAUCAAUAUCCCCAUUAGCAUCUAUUUCUUUUUUGUGGGUAUUGCAAAUAUAUUCAGUUUUCAGCUUUAGCUCUUUUUGCUGUUCUGUGUAUGUUCAAAUACAUGGUUCGGGAUUGAAAAUGAUUCAUGGCUCUCCCAGGACUUUCAGUAGAAGGCACUGAGCUGAAAUGGUAUUUUGCCCAAGGUAUCUGUCUACAAGUUUACAACUUUGUAAAUAUUGAAUUUGUACAUUGUGGAUUCCACGCCAGUAGUGCUGGGCCGAUACAGGAAAGUGUAUCGGCCCAGUUAUUUUGUGGU